CACCACCUGAGCGGCGUCAGCAACGCCAUGUUCUACCGCAUGCUCAACGUGGUGACAUCGUCGUCGGCGACGGGCAGCGGCGGCGAGACCACGACGACACGGAGGGCGCGCAAGCAGCAGAUCACCGUGCUCAACGCGCUCGACGUCGCCAGGACGCAGUUGUACCACUUCAUCACCAUCGUGAUCGCCGGGAUGGGCUUCUUCACCGACGCCUACGACCUCUUCUCCAUCUCCCUCAUCACUGACCUCCUCGGACGCAUCUACUACCCUGACGGCAAGGGCAAGGGAAGUCUCCCCGAAGACGCUGCCGUUGCCGUGAACGGCAUUGCUCUUGUGGGCACCGUGCUGGGGCAGAUCUUCUUUGGUUGGCUCGGUGACAGGAUGGGACGCAAACGAAUCUACGGCGUCACGCUGAAGCUCAUGGUGAUUUGCUCACUCGCAUCCGGCCUCUCCUUCAGCCGCAAGUCCAAGGACGUGAUAGCUACGCUCUGCUUCUUCCGUUUCUGGCUAGGCGUCGGCGUCGGUGGCGACUACCCGCUCUCUGCCACCAUCAUGUCGGAGUACGCAAACCGCAGGACUCGUGGUGCCUUCAUUGCUGCUGUCUUCGCCAUGCAGGGCCUAGGGAAUCUUGCUGCUGGAACUAUGGUGCUGGCCAUUUCUGCUAGGUUCAAAAGCACCAGGGCCUAUGAAACAGAUCCAUAUGGGCAGGCAGACUACGUGUGGCGCAUCGUUCUCAUGCUGGGCGCCGUUCCAGCCCUCCUCACAUACUACUGGCGCAUGAAGAUGCCCGAGACAGCGCGCUACACCGCGUUGAUUGCGAAGAACCUAAAGCAGGCUGCAUCAGACAUGACCUCUGUUCUCGAGAUCGACAUCCCAUUAGGAAAAGAAGAGAUGGACGCCCUUGCCAUACAAGAUGAAUUUGGACUCUUCUCUAUGGAAUUCGUCCAACGUUAUGGCCGUGAGCUGCUCAGCACCACCAUGUGCUGGUUACUUCUCGACAUCGUCUUCUACUCUCUCAACCUGUUCAUGAAAGAAUUCUUCAGUGACAUCGGUUGGUUUGAAGAUGUCGAGGGGCCACUUGAGCAUACAUACGCUAUUGCACGUACUCAGGCGAUUAUCGUACUCGCUGGCACUCUCCCUGGGUACUUGUUCACAGUCAUCUUCAUUGACAAACUCGGACGCACCAGGAUACAGAUUGUGGGAUUCACUAUGAUGACUAUAUUGAUGCUUUGCCUGGCUGGGCCUUACAAUUUUUGGAAGAACAAUAAAAGCACGAAAAUUGGCUUCGCCUUCUUGUACGCAUUGGUUUUCUUCUUCGCCAACUUUGGACCAAACUCUACCACGUUCAUCCUUCCCACGGAGAUAUUCCCGACGCGGUUACGGUCAACAUGUCAUGGCAUAUCUGGCGCUGGAGGGAAGAUUGGUGCAAUUUUUGGCGUGCUUUGGUUCCUCCGGUGUCCAAUAAGCAUUCAGAACUCACUACUCAUGCUAGCUGGUUGUAACCUAGUUGGAGUCAUGUUCACCCUAGCAUUACCGGAAUCUAAAGGCAUGUCACUUGAGGACAUCACCGGUGAGAUAGAUGAUCGGGAUGAGGAGCUUCCCUUCGAAUCACCACAAAUUAAUGGGGGAGAGUUCAUCCACAGUGUUGAUUUUGAUGAGCAUUGA